AUGUUGUAUGAAGAAGUCUUGGUCGAUAUUGAGCAGGCAAAAAACGCAAAUCUACCUGAUCGCCUGAUACCGAAGCUGGAAAAGCGUAGAAAUGACAGUUUGAAGUUGAUGUCUACUGUUGAGCGUAUGAAACUAAUCGAACCGACACUCGAUUACGAAGCUGACAAGAAUUUCCCGUGCAUGGUAAAUGUAGUGGAGAUAAAAUACAAUGCAGAAUUCGGCCGGAAUUUGGUGGCAAAGUGCGACAUUCCAGUUGGAAAAACCGUUGUACUGGAAAGGGACAUCCCACAAAUCAGAGAUGACUUGCUGACGUGCAACACUUGUUUACGACUAUAUACAAAUUGUUUUGCAUGUCCAAACUGCGCCGAUGCAACAUUUUGCAGUUUGAAUUGUUUGAAUCGCAAUCGAAUACACAAAUCGGAAUGUGGCACAUUUUUUCCACACCUUGACCUUGAAAUGAGAUUUCAGAUUAAAAUGCUUUUGAUGGCUAUUGAUAGUUUUCCCGACGUGGACAGUCUGAUGCAAUUUGUUGAACAUGCCUUGCUCAAAGAUCCCGAAACACUGCCGACAUCAUUGGACGAUCCAAAUUCAAAGUACUAUUUCUUCUUCAAACUAGCAACAUCAGCACCAUACAUAUUUGGCCCGUCGGAGGCUUAUAAAGUUUACAAAGCAGCGAUGAAUUUGCCAAAAGUCAGCGGUUUGUUCGAUAGUGAUCGAAAGAAGCGUUUCCUCAUGCAUUUGGUUAUGCAUCAUACUUUGAUUUCCAAUGCCAAUUCAUUCGGUGUUGAAAAUGGAACGUUUGUGGCCAAUGUUACUUCACUCUUAAAUCAUUCAUGUGCUCCAAAUAUUAUCGGAUAUCUUUUCUCAAGUUACUCAUUGAAUGUGACGGGACGACCAAUUGAAAAAGGUGAACAGCUUUUCAUUAAAUACUCAGGUAUCGAUGGUCUUUCGACAACUAUGCGAAAAUCAUCAUUGAAAUCUCGUUGGGGCUUCGAUUGCAAAUGCGAAAGAUGCGAGCCAACGCGUGCACCAAUCGAUCGAAAACUGAUUACGGCGGAUCCAUGUUACAAAUACGUGGCCAAAAAUCAACACAUUGAUAUUUUAUACAAUCAAACUGAAUCUGCCAUCAUCAAGAAGAAGUGCGUUGCAUUUUUGAACAAAUACGGACGUUCACCAUGGUCAUCGGAAAUAGAGUUUGUUUUCAAGGUUUAUCAGCAUAAUAUAGCAACCGCUAAACUCGUUUAA